GAGCUACGUGAUCGAUCGGCCUGAGGGCUGCAGAGAGACGGUCAAACCAAGUACAUAGCUUGGCCACGGUCCGCUUAGAAGCAGCAAGGUACAAGGAACUGUGAAAGAGCCAGUCCCGUCGACAGCUACAAACUACUUUCCCGUGACCGCUUGAAAGAAGCAGACAACCUGCCGAGGACAUGCCCCCCCAGGCGGAGCCACGUCAGUGCUCUGAAGCUCUGUUGAUUAUCAUGACAAUCCAAAUCUGGCCAUGGCAGCUCUCAGCUGUCGUCAGUCCAGUGGCGACUUCCUCAUCAGGAAUUGGAAAAAGAUUGCAACAACCUUGAAGAAGCAGCCGGAUCCGCCUACCGCAUUUGCAGUUGCCGGUUCCGCUGGGUUGCAUACUUACCCUACCCCCACGACUUCUGGCGCCAGCUCGCGUCACCCAGCCCGCCCCACAAGACUCGUUCACUCUCCUCCUAGGCGUCAGGAUAGGUAUCUGAUUUGGGGCUUGACCAUUGAGGAAAAUGGAGCAUGUCUCGGAUCUGGGCGCGUGCUAUGGGGGACCAAUGAACGAGGCAGCCUUGGUCUUUGGACUGAGCGAACACAACGGCCAGAUGCGUCUUUCUAGACAGGCCGGGAACGAUGGCGCCUGUGUUUCAAAG